AUGGACAGCUGGACUCUCCAGGGGGACAGCUACUCCUUCCUGCGCACUGCGCCCCGUACUUUGUCCUUGUGUCACCGUGACGGUACCCCUAACCACGUUGAAAUCUUUGACAUCAUUAACGUCCCAAAUCAAAGCAGUGUCAUUUCAGAGACCACCUGCCUGUGUGACAUUUUUGGAGACGACUGUGAGCCACCCUCUCUUUCAAGCAACCCUGCUGUAGUGCCUCUUGUCCCUCAUCAGAGGGAGGUGGAGGGGACAGCUGCUGCAUCACCCCUGGUGGAUGAUCUGAACGACUCGUCAGGUUCUUAUCACACUGCACACGGCUCCAGUGAAGGAGAGGAAGGCUUUGAAGAUUCAGGAGAAAGGAUUUACAGCCCCACUUUGCAGAGUGAGUCUUUGCAAAAGACAGAGACAGAGGGCCCAGGUCUGAACUCUGGGUAUCCAGAAGUUUCUGUGGACAGUAACCCAAAUUUAGAACCAAAAAGCCAAUCCCCCUUACCCAAGCUUAGUGCAGUUAGCCCAUCAUCUGAAGUUCUCACCAAUGGUGAGAGAACCCCACCUCCUGGACAUAACAGCUCCUUCACACUUAGUCCAGUUGGAAGUACAUCAUCCUCAUCUUCUCCCUCAAUUGAAAACAGAUAUUCAACAUCACAACAGAAUCCCAGGCAAGUUUAUUCAGAAGAUGAAUUAAGUAGAAUUACCCGUUCCCUCAAUAAUCCCUCAUAUCAGUGUUUAUCUUCAAGUUCCUCCCCUCUGCCUAUAAAUUGUGUCAACUUAUCCUCUGAAUCAUCAAAUCCCCAAUCUUUAGCUGAGGUCACAGUAGCACUAGUCUCACCUGAACCACAAAGCAACUACUUUAGUCAAAACAGAAGUCUUUUAUCUGAGCCAUCUGAGCCCACAUUCAAAGAUCUUUCUCCAGAUCUUUCAGAAUCAGACUUAAAAUCUAGCGCCACCAUUUCAUCUCCUUUGCCUUCUUUCAGUGGUACAGAGUUAUCACCCGUUUCAAGAGCUUCAUCAGCUCAGUCUCCUGAGAGAGAAGGGUCCUACUCCCCUGAUACCCAAGCAUCAUCUCCUUUUCCAGAGCUAAGAAGGAGGAUCUCCUUGCCUGAUCUAUUCAGCCGAGGCUCUACCCCAGAUAGAGAAGCUUCUUCUCAAACUCCUGAGCUGAUUCCAAAUCCUCCCACUGCAGGAAGAGACACGACUACUGAGUGCCAAGAUACAAGGUUAUUCACUGAACCCAUCAGUACUGUGUCUACACCUGCCCCACAAUAUACACCUCCCUCACCUAUCAUUUCUACAGCAACAUAUCCUGACCUUGUGGAGAGUAGUGUCUCAUCUGGAGUACGAAACACAGCUUCCUCACCUUGCCUGAUUGGUGUUAUUUCUCCAACUAAGACUGGAUCAAGAAGUCCCUCUCCUGGCCCUUCUCAUAGAAUAAGACACCUUUCAACACCUUCUGAAAUCGAGACGAAGGUGUCUUCACCUAUAAUAAGUUAUAGUUUAUCACCAUCACCUGAAGUUACUUAUAACUGCUCUCCCAUAGAGCUCAGACAUACUGGUCCCUCACCUGAAAUCAAGAUUACAGCAUCUUCACCGGAGUUCAGUAGGAGAGAGCGUUCCUCUGAGUCGAAGUCAACAUCGGCCUCUCCCCUCCAGGAGUCUUACUUUGGUUCGGCCUCAUUGAGAAGCCUCACUUCAUCCCCUCAUAUCACUGGAAUUUCUUACUCUGUCAUUCAGCCUGAGGACAGGGACAGUCCCCUAUUUCCGGAACUCCAGCGUCUCUCCACCCCUGAGCCUGAUAGGACACUUGUGUCCCCAGAAGCAAGCCUUACCACAAGCAGAAACAGUUUACUGAGCAGUAUAGCAGAACCCACUGGUACACCAGAAGACUCUCCGCAUAUAUCAGGCUUCUCAAGCUCUGUCCUGCAGCCUGAAGUAACACAACAACACAGGUACCAAACAUCUUCGCCAAAGCAUUCAACAUCCUCUCCUGAGGCAAGAUUUCAAACCCCCUCACCUGACAAGUAUCAAAGUCUUUCCCCCAGGGUUAGAAGUAGAGAUCCAUCACCAGUUGCCCCUUCUCCUGAGCUGAAGUAUCAUCAGCUUUCACCAGCAAACCUCUCUACAGUGAAUAACCCUCAUUAUAAACAGCCCACCUCUCCUCUAAAAAAUAUACCUGAUGUUGAGGAGAAUUCCUCCUCAGCUGAUUCUAGAGAAAUUCUUUACACAACACAUUCGGAAAAAGAGAGUGUGUCACCCUUCUUUGCAUUGAACAGCGGAGAAAAAUCAGUUGUGGCUGAAAACAAAAGCCGGUCACCAGUUGUUGCUGUUCAUUCACCUGAAUCUAUUUCACCUUUCUUAGCUGAGGGAAAGAUAGAUAGUUUACCAAAACACCAAAGCUCAGAGAGAGAGGAAACACCUCCUCUCUCUGAGGUUAAACAAACUAUUUCUCAGAAAGAAGAAAUUUAUAACCUUCCUAUUGGAAUAAGGUCUCCUUCACCUAAUCUGAUCAUAUCUCAAGGUGGGACUCCAAACAUUUCUGUUGUGCACAGUGCUGCUUCUAACUCCCCUCUACAAGGACUGGAAAUCCCACAGCCUACAUUCACUACCCUGAAUUCUGAAAGCAUCAGCUCAUUUAAAUCAGCUUGUACACCUGAGCACACAAGAAAACAGAUCUCAAACCGUGUAAAACGUGAAAACAAAUUGAGGUUAACAGAGGACAUGGCCCACCAUGAAUACAGAAGGCGAACUCCCUCUCCCCCACUCACCAGGUUUACACCUGUCCACAUCCUAGCCCCUGAAAAACCAUACAGACACUGGCAGAACAGAAGCUGUAGCCCCUCUCAGGCUGUUACAUCUUCAAAUAGUGGUAAUUUAAAGAAAGUGGUAACAAAAAGGGAAAGUCCCAAUGUUGCCCCUAUUGACAAUAAUAGCCAGGCUCACUGGGUCAGGCUAGGAGCACCACUGGAGAUGGAGAAGCAAAUACAGCUGGAGGAAGAUAGAGAAGUUGUUAGGGAAAGGCUCAAAGAUAGGGAGAUGGAUAGAGAGCGAAAAAGGGAGGAGCAGGUUCUUGAAAAGGGGAAGGGUUGGCAGUGGGACGCCAGUUACAGAGGGGAACAGGCUGAGCUGUCAUUCAAUGCCAGGAAUAGAAAAGGGCCUGCGACACGCAGAACAGCUCCCACAAGCAGAGAGAUUCGUCAGGGACUGCCAACAGUGCAAUCCUAUUCAGAGAGCUUGCUUGCCACAAGACGACAACAGCAACACAGUCUGCUUUCUUCCCAACAAGAUCCAAGGAGUGUUGGACCUAGCAGACGGAUUCAACCUUCCGCUCUGCAGAGCAAGAAGACUACCCCAGGACGUGUGGCUUCAAACAGGCCCGGCCGGAGUUCCAGCUCCAGCAUGGGAAGUGAGCUUGAUGAGGCAGAUAAUGAAGUUAAGUGGUUAACAGAUGUGGCUUUCAGCAGCCUGUCAAGCCCUGACAUAGAUUACCUUGACAUGUACAACUCCAGCCACCGUUCCUCUACCAACAUUUCUCAACCUUCUACACAGGAGAGCCCAGCUGGGGUCAAUGCUGCCUGGCUUGCUUAUGCUGACUUCAGGGGUUCUGCUCAAAAGCUAGAUAAUGAUGAACUCUCCUUCCAGGAACCAUAUACAUACUUCUCAGAUGGCCUCGAUCCAUUAAGGCGCAAUGAGUUGGGCAGCUUUGAGUGUGUAGAUGUUGCUGUGGAAAGAGAAGACUCUAGGAAGGCGAGAAGAGGAGUGCCAAAGAGACAGAUCCAACUGAAAAGAAAGAAUAAUGCUGAAGGGAAGCAAGAUGAGAGCAGUGAAAAUAGUAGUCCUGGGGUACCUAUUAUGACUGAAAGCCCCUCUCUAGAGAGUCAUUCUAGUGAGACAUGCAUGAGACAGCAUAUUACACCAGCAGCAAUGCAAGAAUGCUACCCUUCUGAAUGCAGUCCUGAGCCCAAUCAACAACAUGAAAGAAACUCCAAACUCCAGAAAUCUGCUUCUCUGGAUGAGUCAUGUUCUAAAACCAAGUUGGCCACGUGUCUUAUCAAAAGUGUGUUGUCCAAGAAGAUGCAAAGUGUUGAUGAACAACCGGAUGAGCUGGUGGGUGAAGAUAUAAGCCCCUCCUUUGAGGAAAACAGCCCACCAACCGAGACUGUAGCAUCAUCGCUCAAAGAGUCCCCAAAACCUACUCUGAGUUCAAGUCUUCAGUCAGAUUUCAGUAUUUCAUCUGAGAUUCUUUCUGUGAAAGGAGAACCAAAAAUAAAGGAUGAAGCUAAAACAACAAAAAGCUUUGGAGAGAUUUCAAGUAUUAGGACGAGUUCAUCCUGCAGCAGCAGAAGUGUGAUUUUCUCACAGUCUGAGAGUGAAGAUGCUGAUUCUGAAAGCAGGAAUGCGACCUCAAGAUGUGAAAGUAAGUCAGAAGUGAAAGUUAAUAGUAAACAUUCAAGAACUGCAGUAUUGAACGACAGUAAAACAUGGGACGAAAAGGAGAGUGGUGAGUCAGCCAAUGCCACUGCCAGGAAUACAGUAGCUUCUUCUGUCACUAGAGCCACCAGCAUGCAGGCCAGGAUGACAAAUAGAGACCAGGAAUGUGAAAACACAGAGGACCAUAAACAAUUGCAACAGGGUGACAAGGGCGCAUACACAUCAAACACACAGGCGAUCACACUCAAAGCUAUGGAGAAAAAGAAAGCCUCUCUAAAUUUCUGCCUGACCCCUGAGGCUGACGACAGGCCCAGGGGUCCUUCACCAGAUAAAUCUUCCCAAAAAAAGGAGGAAAGGAAAGAGGCCGGUGUUGAUGACAAAGUAGAGGAAGAAAAUGAUAGUAAUCAAGUAAAGGUCCCCAUUCACAAAGUAAGAGAUGUGAGGCGGCUUGUAAAAAACACAUAUAAUCUGUCCUUCAAGGCAACUGGUCCUAUAGUGCCUUCAACUGCGAAUGAAGAAAAGAUGCAACAUUUUAAUCAGGAGAAAAUGGACAGAGUGAAAGAGGAAAGGAUGGAAAAGGUUGAAUCAGAGCCAGAGAGGAGGGAAGACAGGGAAGAAGAGUUCAGGUUGCAGAGGAAAAUGGAACAUAAAGAGGAAGUGAAAGACUCAACCUUAUCACUGCCUCUUCAGAGAAGAAGAAAUCCUCUGUCUCGUCCUCAGCCAAUGCAAAUAGAAUAUAGGGCUGUGUGCUCUAAAGAUGAGAAAAAUAAAAUAUCUUGCAACAAGAAAGACUCAGAGAGCCUUGAUGACAAAUCUCAGGCUACUCCAAAACUUCCCAUGGAGGUAAGCAGGGAAUCACAGAUGUCAUCAAAUGAAAACACACAGAAUUACUCAAGGAGAGACACAGCAACUUUGACUCCAUGUCAAGAUGAUCAAAAUAUGGCGUCAGUGAGACAAGAGACUGUGACAAUAAUGGAUAAAGUGACAGCCAAUGAGGACAAACCUGUUAGAACAGACAGAAAACCUCCCAUGCUGGGAAGUCUCCCCAGACAGCCCAGUAAGGAAAGAGAGGUGUCCACUGCUGUAGUGUUGAUAAGGGAUGGCUCCAGCAAGACCAAGGCAUCUGCAACUUCAGUACAUGAAGAUAUUUCUACAAAAAGCCAAGCCCCAGCUGCUUCGCCCUCACCUGGGCCUGCUACCCCUAGCAGUACCCCUGGUCACUCAGUUUCCAUGCUAUUAAAGGAAAAAGGCUACCAAGCAGACAUUGGAGCGGUGGUAGGUGACAAGGAGAAUGCAGCUGGAGGUAAAGGAGUUCCCCAUAAGCAUGUAAACUGCCUUGAGAUCCCCCUUCAAGCUCCUUCUUCCUCAGAUGAAGGUCAGAUCCAGUAUCACAGAGAAAGGACUUUUUCAUCCUCUUCGAACAUGUCUGGCCCCUCAGCAGCGUCUGAAAAUGCGGACAGCCUAACAAAGACCACAGAAGAUGAAGGGGUUAGCAUGAAGCCUACAGUAAAGGAUGCAGCUAAACAGAAAAGUGCUUCUCUGCUUUUGAGUAUGCAUGAGCAAACACGGCAUCCUACCAAACAGAAGGAACUUGGAGAUUUUGAAGCAGUGAAAAGACUUGAUCCAACUUUUCCCCCAAGGUCCCCCGCUAUAAGGAGAGUCAGACCUCAUACAAUCGAGGUUAAGUCAUUGUCUAAAGAUACACAAAAGCAAGAUAUGUCCUCAAAUCCUACAGGAAACAACAGACCUCAAACCAUAGAAGUUAAAUCAAUAGCAAAAAAUUCACAAAAGCCAGUUGUGCCUCCCAAACCAAGCUGCAAAUUUAAACCUGCAGAUUUUGGAGCAAUACCAAAUGAUGCAGAGAGACCAUCUGCAACAACAUCCAAUGUAAAGCCACAAGGUGAGGACAGGCCUCAAACAAUAGUAGUGUCCUCACCCACAAUCUAUAGAAAAAUCUCAAAUGAGGCCACAUCAACAUCACACAGUACAAGAAAGCUAGCAGUGUCUGCAGUGUCUAGCAUCAAACCUCCACCUUGCAAAACAACGGCCACCACCAUCACCAAUCUCUCAAAUCAGUCAUCAGCAUCAUCUGAGACAGAUGCAUCUACUGACAGAGAUCAACUGCCAAGAGCCCCCCCUCAGAGCUCUAGUUAUACGCAAAGAGCCACAACCUUGGUAGCUCAAACAUCAUCCACUGACCCAGGUUUAACCUCAGAUCCCGAGGCAGUUUCUGAUCCACAUGCAAACCAAGUCCCUGCACCUGUCCCAGCUGGAGCCAACCAGCAAAACCAACCAGCUGUUGUGGAUCAAGAUAUCCAACCACCACAACCCAGAACGGCACAUGCUCAUGAACAAGCUAUGCCUGUAGCUUCAAGCAAUACAAAACAACUGACUCCUUUUUCCACCACACAAGUGCCAGGAUACACACACCAGACAUACAGACGCUCACUCUCACAUGAGCGCGCACACAGGACAGAAGAAAUGCAUUUUUAUGCCUCAGAUGAUCCUCCUAGUUACGAUGACAGAGAAAGCUUCAGUCCUCUAAUGCUCCCAGAUCUGACCACCAGGAGGACAAAUCGAUACCAACCCUCCACCCGCCCUCCUCCCUGCUCCUGCACUGCUGGCUGCCCUUCCCACCCUGGUCUCACUCCCCCUCACCGCAGCCCCCAUAACCUCACCCCUCCUGCCCCUACACACUCUCCUGGCCAGGCACUACCCUACCCAGUUGCUCAGCCCCCUCUCCGUUCACACCAGUGCAGACCUGACCCUCAGCCAAUGACCUAUCAGCCUGGUUCUCCAAAAUCAAGUCCACUUGGUCCAUGUCAGCCACCAGUCAUGUAUCAGCCUCUUCACCAUCCUCCUCCCUGUCCUCCCCACCCCUCACUAAUGCAUGCUUGCCCUGCGGAACGUACAUUGCAACCAUCUCAGCACAUUGACCCUCGAAGAGCCCCUGUCCACAGAUCCCCCCAGCAACAGCCUCCCGGUAUGGCUGGGGCUCCUUACAGUGAUCCUGUCCAUGGCCACUCUCCUGGCCUUCCACCUAUGGAUCCCCAGUAUCUUUGUGGCCCUCAAAGCCUGGGGCCCUCCUAUGGCUCUGACUACGGGGGUGACAGCUCCAGUUUAUACUCAGAGAGCACUUAUGGACAAGCACCUCGCAGAGUGCUCCUGGAUCCUGAAACAGGGAAGUACUUUUAUAUUGAGGUGCCUGUUCAGCCACUGAGGAAAAUGUUGUUUGACCCAGAGACUGGCCAAUAUGUGGAAGUGCUCAUCCCACAGCAAGCAAUGUCACAUUCAGGCCUGUAUCCUCCCUCAGCAGCUCCCUACCCAUCUCUCCACAACCCCAACAUGUAUGCCCCUGCUCCACAGUACAUGCCCUAUGCAGCUCCUCCUCCCCCAGCUCACCCCCAGACUGAACCUCAUCCACCUCGGUAUCCGGAGCCCUCUGCUGCAGCAACAAUGCACCCAGGUGGACCUGGGGUCAGCUACAGGAAUCUCUCUGCUCAGGGGUCCAAGCCAGAGCCCCAGAACCAUCCACCACUGGACCAGAGCUACCUAGAGAGUAUGUAUUAUGUCCCUACAGGGAUGAAUGCAAGCCCCAAUACAACCCCACCAGACUAUUACCACAAACAUCCCCCUAACCUACCCCCAACGGGGGGGAAAAGAUCCUGAAAUAGAGGAUUGAGGUCGCCUUCCUGGAGCCUGUUGGGUUUUAAAUACACAGAGUAUAAAGGGGCUGUCUAAUGUUAGCCUGAAAUGUUAUUUGAGUUUUCACAUAGCAACUGAAGACAGCAAUAGUUUGGUUGUUGAUCAUUUGCUGCUUCCUGUUCUGUCCUAGGCUGCUUUAAGAGAGCAAUAUAAAUGAUUCUUAGUAAAUUGUUUUUUGAAAAGUCAACAGAAUUAGCCUUUUCUUUGUGUGUGCUCUUAAGAUCAUUACCUUAAUUUAAAUGAUUCAUAACAAUGUUGUCCUUUUUGAUACAGGGUAAGAACAUCAUACACAGAUGCAAUGCACAGGCACAACAAAUC